GCUUAAAUGAGGCCCCAAUCAAUGUGGGUUGAUAUUUAACAGUUUGCUGAGCAACUGCCAAUCUUUUACUCUCAAAGAUUUAGCCAUUCACACGACAGUAGUUUCUCCUUUUUUGGAUAAGAAGCAAGUUUUUUUCUAUUUGAAAUAUAAAGAUUCCUUCAACAGAGAGUGUGAUUUAGUCGAGAAAGUGUUUGAGACCUGUGGAUUAAACAGCAAAAACAUUUAUAUACAAAGUUACAUUAUAAGGACAUGGACCUCUGCCUGACACUCCUGUGGAUCUGUCUCUGUAGCCUAGGAGCCACGAAAGCUCAGGUUGAGGAAGAUCUGUCAGCUCUUCUAGUGUCUCCCACAGAAAAAGGAGAAAGCAGUGGUACAAUACAGUCUGGAACUCCCACAGAAGUAACUGAAACAACCACCCUACCAACAAUUAGUAGUAUCUCAGACGGGAUCUCGUCAGAAGAAGACGUGGAUGGCUGCCAUGCUCUCAGCCGGAGCCCAAAGUCCCGGCAGGCCAUCACUGCUGCCAUUCAGAAACUGGGAAUGCAGUUGUUGCAGAACCUGGAAACAACACCAGAGCAGCCAAAUCUUAUUAUAUCUCCUUUAAGCAUAUCUCUGGCACUUUCUCAACUGGCUUUAGGUGCAGAAAAUGAGACAGAGGAGCUGCUGAUGCACCAUCUCCAUGGAAACACCGUCCCCUGCUACCACCAAUCUCUGCAUAAUGUCUUAAUGCAUCUAAGAAACAGUGACCUGCAAAUUGCCACCCGCAUCUUUCUACGUAAAGGGUUUGAGGCAAAGCAGGAGUUUGUAAGUGAAUCUCAGCGGUUAUAUGACUCUGAACCAGCAAUCUUGGAGAGCCUGGAUCAGAUAAAUGACUGGGUAGAGAACGCAACACGAGGAAAGAUGACUGACUUCCUGUCUGCUUUACCACCCAAUCUUCUCCUCAUGCUCAUUAAUGCUGUCCAUUUUAAAGGAGAAUGGAAAGCUCGGUUUGACCCACGCUUUACCUCCAGGGGUGUGUUCUACCUUGAUGACAUGCACUUGGUGGAUGUUGAAGUGAUGGAAGAUGCUAAACAUCCCCUGAGUUUAUUUAUUGACAAUGAACUGGAGGCUCAGGUAGCAAGCUUCCCAUUCAUGAAGCAGAUGAGUUUGAUGGUGGUCAUGCCCAUUACCGGCCAGGUAAACAUGUCUUCAUUUUCUGGAAAGCUGAAUAUCUCCAACUUGUAUGAACGUCUACCGAAAGAGAGAGCAGUUCAGGUUAAAGUUCCCAAAUUUAAACUGGAGUAUUCGCAAGAGUUACAGGAUGUUCUUACCAAACUGGGCCUUGGAGAGAUGUUCCAGAGUCCCAACCUUGCUGAGAUUGCAGAUGGCCCCCUGCUGGUGUCCAGUGUCCUGCACAAGUCUAGCAUGGAGAUAAAUGAAGAGGGUGCAGAGGCUGCUGCAGCCACAACUGUAGUCAUCUCGAGAGCAUCCAAUCCCAUUUUCCACCUCAGCCAGCCCUUCUUCUUUGUCCUUAUGGAUGAUACGACUCAAAUACCAAUCUUCAUGGGUGUCAUCAACAACCCCAAUCCCGGGGCACCGGUCCUGCAGAGAGGAGACUUUGGAAGCAAAGAUAAAGUGGGAUUCCCAAUUGACAAGAAUGACAAGGGUUUGUGUGUACACCCUCCUAAAUAGGGAAUAAAAGCCUUAACAGCUCUUCCAGGAAAACUCAGGAAAGGAAAAGUCCCUUAGCUGGAUCAAAAUAUCUGAAAACAACAACUUUAUUUGUCUUUUUCUUUCAUUAAAAAUAAAGACAGUCAGAAGCCCAAUGUACAAUUUAAAGUUUGAAUAUUCUUUUGAAAUGAUUUUGCUGCGUUAGACAACUUGAAAGAAAAACAUAAUUACACAUGUAAAAAGGCCCCAUCAUCAUGGUUACUGUGGAUUCUUUAAAUUUCUCACACAUGUAUUUUUCAAAGUGUAAACAUGUAAAGCCAAAAUGAAUCUUUUCCAAUGCCAAUAUGAAUAUUUCUGCCUAAAUGUGCAUUUUCUUGAGUCUUUAAAUUUGUUAUCUAAUAUGGGAAAAUAAAUUGAAUUGAUCCAA